UAUCGCGUUGACACUAACCAAACUUGAUGACAUUUGUCAGUCAGUUCAUAAGUUGUAGUUGUAGUUGAAACAAAGUAUGUUCUGUUGAUAUUAUUCUUCGAUUUAAAUAAAAUAACUAAAGACAUCAAUUAAUUGAAGCAGUAUAAAAAUUUAUAAAGUGAUUGUAACCUAGCCAUUUGGAUAAAAAUGGCUAUUGUGAAGUGCUAAAAGUGUCACUAAACUAAUUUGCAAAACUUUCUCAACGAUAACAUUUCGCGGAGUGGAUCUUAAAAUGAGUUUUUACUAAAGUCAAAUUUGCACUGUGGUACAGGACAGGCAUCUUCACUAAUUUGUACAAAAUGACAACGGACAGAUUUCAUAAAGCUGCCAAAGACGGUCUCCUGGAGGUGCUUCGGGAAGCAACCAGGAAGGAAUGCAACAACAAGGACGAGUCGGGGAUGACCCCCACCCUUUGGGCCGCCUUCGAGGGGCACAUCGAGGCUUUAAGGUUGCUGUGUGGAAGAGGAGGCGAGCCUGACAAAGCAGAUUACUUCGGCAACACGGCGCUUCACUUCGCGGCCGCUAGAGGGCACAAGGAAUGCGUCACGUUUUUAGUAAAUUUUGGCGCCAACGUGUUCGCAAUAGACGUAGACGGACACACUGCGCAGGAGUUGGCGGCCAUCAAUGGAAGGGAUGAUAUAUUGAGGUUCUUGGACCAGGCCACUGCUAAGCUGGAGAAUAAUGAUAAAAAAAAGGCAAAAGCCUUCAAAGACAAAGCGAGAAAAGACUACGAAAAGUACCAGAAACAGUAUCAAAAGAGGCAAAGCAAAGCCGAGGUGUUGGCGGAGAAGGAACUAAAGAAGUUAGCUAAAGAGUGGGACCAGGGUUACAACGAAGAUGUGGCCCCAAUGCCGCAUAGACCCAGCAAUGUGCUGCUGGCUCUUAAGCAGAAGAUGAUCAGGUCUACCAGCCAAGGAAACCUCCUAUCAGAAGAGCAGCCUCGGCCUACAUACAGUGCGCUCGUGGGCACGGUCAACUCCGCUGCGAGAGGCAGAGGUGCCGUUUACAAGAAGGCCUUGGCCAGCAAGCUCAAGAAUAGCACCGUGGGCAGGACUGGACCUAAUGAUGACUUCAAGAUCGGCGAAGUAGAAACUACUGGUCGUCGCUCGGUGACGUCAUUGUCUGGCGUCCGCCGGGAUUCGGAAGUAAUGUACGUCGGUACCUUCGGCUCGGGACCUCAACAGAGGGGCAAUGUGGCCGACGUAUUUACGGAUAACACUGAAACACGCGGCAAGGCUUCUUUGACCAGAUCAGUCAGCCAACCAGAUUUCACGGCGGCGGCGGGUGAAGACAGCGGCAUCGGACAAGAAGUACUUUUGCAAGAACCAGCCAGCAUAUUUGAUAGGCCCGGAUUUGGAAGUGUUGCGUUCAGGCGAUCAAUAACGGCGACUUUGAGCGCGUUACCGGCCAUUUCCCCCGGCGAGGACCUGUCCAUAGGAUCGGCCGGCUCCCUCGCCGCCAGGCACGCCUACCAACCCAACGAAUGGAACUCCGCACAGUCAGAGAGUUCUACAAUAACGUCUGACGAAGAAGGUGAAACUGAGGAGACGGGUUACGCUUCCCUCGAGCGAUUCCUGACCGCGUGGGGCUUGGCCCAGUACGUGCAGAAAUUCAAAGACGAACAAAUAGACUUGGACGCCCUGAUGUUGCUGACUGAGGCCGAUAUGAAGUCGCUGGGUCUUCCCCUGGGACCGUACAGGAAGUUGGUCACCGCCGUCCAGGAGAGGAAGCAGGCUCUGGCUCACCCUGGAGCGAUAAUCGAUUCGGCGAUAUGAUGGUUUGGUAUUUUUUUUAUGACAGGUAAAUAUUGUUUGUUUGUAGUUAAAUUAUAUCGUGGAACCCGUAAAGUUUUUUGACCUACAAACAUACAUAUAGUCUCGUGUAUAUAUUCCUUGCGGGUAAGACAGAGCCAAUAGUCUUAAAAAACUGAGGCCACUUUAGAAUAAGACCACUCCACAUCUUUCCUAUGGAUGUCGUAAAAGGCGACUAAGGGUAAGGCAAUUUAGAUUUAGACGUGGUCAUAUAUGCAUGUAUGUAUGUCUAUAUUUUGUAAUGGGAAUAUAUGAUAAAUAACAAAGACUUAGAUCAGAUUGAAAAGUAUUAUUGUUCAUCUUUGUUUGAUUUAAGGUCAGACCUUCCUUGUGUAUCAGUCUUACCUAUCUAGAGAGGAGCCCUAGGUCCGCUUGCUGACUGGAGAUUGGAGAAGUCAGGCUUUAGCACGAAGCGACUCCCGUCUGACCUCCGCAACCUUUGUAGAACCUAACCCAAUUUGGGUCAUAGUAUUUACAUCAUACCAUAUUAGCUUGAGAUUUGUGUGGUUUGUGUAAUAAUAAGUUUGUGCAGAUUUUUUGUGUGUGAUAAUUACAUUUGCUCAUACCAACUUAAAGUGGUAAAUUAGUUAUAAGUGACAAUAAGUUGAUAACUUUCAAAAAUACUGGCCUGCAUUUCCUACGAUAUAAAGAAUUAUGUACUUAAUAAUUUAUACUACAAUUUAUUUUAUAUACUAAUAAUGAACUUGUAAUAUGCUCGACAUGAAUUUAUUUCGCCUGACCAAAAAUGUGCUUGGAAGCUUAUAAAUUUUUGUUUGUGGAUUAGGUAUAUACUUAUGGAAAUUAUUGCAAUAUAAGUUGGCAAUAUUCAAAAUUUAAUUUUGAUUUUCUAUUUAAAUUAGUAUUAAUUGACGUGAUGAGUUGAUUUUGACAUAGUAUUUUUUUAUUCAAUUAUGACAAAUCUAGCAGCUGCUCUAAAUGUAAAAGACAAAUAUUUCCCUGAGCUGGGAAUCGAACCCCAGUUACAUAACUUAGAAGUUCAGUGAUUUUUCCAGUGUUUUUCUUAUUUUUUUUAUUGUGUUUCAAAUUAUAUAAUAUGUAAUAAUUACCUUUAUAAAUGUGAUAAUGUAAUCCAUUCCAUCCAUGUUACGCCCAGCAUAGCCAUAUUAAGUAAUUUUAUAAAUUUAUAUGCAAUAUAUAUAGUUUUGUAAUAUUU